GCUCCGGAAGUGGGUGUCCGGCGAGAGUUGUUAUAAGGAGACUGCAGGUGUUCCGCCGGUCUUGCGAGUCGGACCGCGUCCUUCCGGCUUCAGUGAUGGCUCAUGAAGCAAUGAAGUAUGAUCUUCAGGUGCAGUUAGAUCAUGGUGCUGCACAACAGCCUGCUCCCCCUGAAGUGGUCAGCGGCCAAGGGGGACCACCCCUGCUCCAGCCUUCUCAUACUGAGGUGGCCAGCAGCCAGGAAGGACCACGCCUGUUUGAGCCUGCACCUGCUGCAGUGGUCAGCAGCCAAGGGGGACCAGCCCUGCUCCAGCCCCCUCCUGAUGAAGUGGUCAGCAGCCAAGAGGGACCAGCCCUGCUCCAGCCCCCUCCUGAUGAAGUGGUCAGCAGCCAAGAGGGACCAGCCCUGCUCCAGCCUGCUCCACAGGUGUCCAUUGAUGUGACAGAGGAGCUCUCAGAAGAGACUGUGGAGAACAUCAAUCCAGGAGUUUCAGAGGAGCGUAGGCAGGAAUCUGGUGCUAACCACACUGCCCAAGUAUCUUCAUUGAAUCCAGUGGACAGCUUCAUCAGUGGGCUGCAGAGACUUCGUGGCAUGCUGGAAUUCCUGAGACCAACUUCGGACCACAGGGUGGGGCCAGUGAGAGCCAGGAGGAGGAGGAGUUCUGCUUCACAGAGGGCAAGAGCUGGAGGGUCUCACAGGACAAACAGUGCCAGGUUGAGAGCACCGUUGGAUGCUUACUUUCAAGUAAACAGGACGCAGCCUCAUUCUCCAGCCACCUCUUAUGGUUCAGAGACUAGGAAUCCUGUCUCUGAAGACUUGCAGGUAUCAGGUAGUUCUGACAGUGACGGCUCCACAGAGUAUGAAGAGGGGGUUGUCCAGGCAGAGGAACCUGAAGCUGUGGUUUUAGCAGAGCAACUAGGAGGUAAUGACUUGGCAGAGCAACUCAGAGAUAUCUCAACAGGGCAAGAAGUUACAUGUAUUGGUGGAGGAGAGACUCUCCGCAAACAGCAGUCUCCCCAGAAGUCUAAUCCUCUCCUAGCUUCUGCUUCUGUGGAUGAGGAAGAAGUGGACACUUGCACAAUAUGUUUGGAACAGUGGACCAAUGCUGGGGAUCACCGGCUCUCAGCAUUGCGCUGUGGGCACCUCUUUGGAUAUAAGUGCAUUUCUAAGUGGCUCAAAGGACAGACACGAAAAUGUCCUCAGUGCAACAAGAAAGCCAAGCACAGUGACAUCGUUGUCCUUUAUGCCCGAACCCUGAGAGCUUUGGACACUAGUGAACAAGAGCUCACGAAAAGUUCCUUAGAAAAGGAGCAGAUGCUAAGGAAGAAGGCUGAGUUAGAAUCGGCACAGUGCCGGCUCCAGCUUCAAGUCCUCACUGAGGAAUGCACUAAGCUUCAGAGUCGUGUUCAGGACUUGAAAAAACUUAUUGUGCAGCAUCAGGGUCAGAUUUCACAGCUGACCGGGAGUUCCCAAGCACGUUUCCUAAGCAGCCUGUCCUCCAGCCAGAGCCAACACAAGUACCAUUUCCAGAAGACAUUCACAGUGUCUCAAACGGGAAACUGCCGAGUCAUGACAUACUAUGAUGCUCUGAGCUGCCUGGUAGUAUCACAGCCUUCUCCUCAGGCCUCCUUCCUUCCAGGCUUUGGUGUUAAGAUAUUGAGUACUGCCAACAUGAAAAGCAGUCAGUAUAUUCCCAUGCAUGGCAAACAGAUACGUGGACUGGCUUUCAGCAGUCGAUCCAAAGGCUUACUUCUCUCUGCUUCCCUAGACAACACUAUUAAACUGACCAGCCUGGAGACAAAUACUGUGGUCCAGACUUACAAUACUGGACGUCCUGUCUGGAGCUGCUGCUGGUGUCUUGAUGAAAACAAUUACAUGUAUGCUGGAUUGGUCAACGGUUCAAUUCUGUUGUAUGACCUUCGAAACACAAGCUCUCAUAUCCAGGAGUUAGCACCUCAGAAAGCUAGAUGCCCGCUGGUAUCCCUGUCAUACGUACCCAGAGCUGCCUCGGCUGCAUUUCCAUAUGGUGGGGUGUUGGCCGGAAGCUUGGAGAAUGCUUCCUUUUGGGAACUGAAAAUGGGCUUUACUCAUUGGCCUCAUGCGCUGCCCAUGGAGCCUGGGGGCUGCAUAGACUUUCAGACAGAGAGCAGCACCCGGCACUGUCUUGUGACCUACAGACCUGAUAAAAAUCACAACACCUUACGAAGUGUACUCAUGGAGAUGUCCUAUAAGCUGGAUGAUGCUGGAGAGCCAAUCUGCUCCUGCCAUCCUGUACAAACAUUCCGUGGGGGACCCACUUGCAAACUACUGACCAAAAGUGCCAUUUUCCAAAAUCCAGAGAAUGAUGGCGGCAUCCUGGUGUGUACCGGGGAUGAAGUGUCAAAUUCUGCCCUGCUGUGGGAUGCUGGCAGUGGCUCGUUGCUGCAGGAACUGCAGGCUGAUCAGCCUGUCUUGGACAUCUGCCCAUUUCAGGUGAACCAUAACAGCUACUUGGCUACCUUAACGGAGAAGAUGGUCCACAUCCAUAGGUGGGAGUGACCAUGGUCUUGAAACUUGUCGGACAUGCUGCUGGUUAAUGUUACAUGUUGUUUGUUAGCACCUGGCAGCCCUGAGCAAGAUCUGUGCUUAUUGUCUGUGGCCUAGAACUUUUGGGAUCGUGGCAGUGUCCAUCAAAAGAGUCAGUGUCGGGCUUCCCUGGUGGCGCAGUGGUUGAGAGUCCGCCUGCCGGUGCAGGGGACACAGGUUCGUUCCCUGGUCCGGGAAGAUCCCACGGAUCUUGCUCCGCAACGGGAGAGGCCUGUGUACCGCAAAAAAAAAAAAAGAGUCAGUGUCUGGUACUCCAUCAUGUUAUACAUUUCUUGGGGGUAAAAGCCUUCAUGAAUCUUAGUUGAGAAUUUUUUUUUUUUUUUUUUUUUUUUGGUUUUUUUGGCGGGUUUUUUUUGUUUUGUUUUUGUGGUAGGGGGGCCUCUCACCGCUGUGGCCUCUCCCGUUGCGGAGCACAGGCUCCAGACGCGCAUGCUCAGUGGCCACGGCUCAUGGGCCCAGCCGCUCCACGGCACGUGGGAUCCUCCCGGACCGGGGCACAAACCCGCGUCCCCUGCAUCGGCAGGCGUACCCUCAACCACUGUGCCACCAGUGAAGCCUGAGAAUAAAUUUUUUUUUUUUUUCUUGUGGUAUGUGGGCCUCUCACCGUCGCGGCCUCCCCCGUUGCGGAGCACAGGUUCCGGACGCACAGGCCCAGCGGCCAUGGCUCACGGGCCCAGCCGCUCCGCGGCACGUGGGAUCUUCCCAGACCGGGGCA